AUAUUAGUGGAAAUAUUGAUUAAGUGUGGACAUUAUGCAUCACGUCAACAAUAAUCAAUGGCGGUAAAUGUGAAUUCGUAUUUGCCGUCAGACUGACUCAUUUGACAUUACAAACAUUGAUCACACAUUGAUCUCGAUGUCGAUUAAUGAUUUGGAUAUACAUCCUAGGAUUAUUGGAAUAUUAAAAAAAGGUCAUUUUCAAAGUUUUGAAACAAUAUUAAGCCUGUCCUCAGCUGACAUUGAGCGAGCUACAGGUCUGUCUGCUGGUGAUGUCAGUAUUCUCAAGCAAGCUGUUGCUGAAGCUGUUCCAAAGCCACCAGUUGUCACAGCUUUAGACUUAUUGAGAGGCUCUGGCAGUGCUGUUCCCAUCAGGAAACUGAGCACAGGCUGUCCUAUUAUAGACAAGCAUCUGAAAGGGGGGAUAUUAUCACGUGGUAUUACGGAGAUAUCGGGGGAGAGUGCGAGCGGCAAGACUCAACUCUGUCUACAGCUCUGUCUGACAUCGCAGCUUCCACCGGAACAUGGCGGCCUGGGUGGUGGUGCAGUGUAUGUGUGCACAGAGGAUGUGUUUCCCAACAAGAGGCUACACCAGGUGAUCCAACACUUCACGAGGAAGUGGUCGCCGCCACGGCUGCAGCAGGAUCUCGCUAAUCUGGGAGAUAACAUCUUCGUGGAGCAUGUGGCCGAGCGUGAGGGUCUGAUGCUCUGUGUCCACAAGAAGAUCCCCAUCCUGCUGGCCAAGGGUAUGGUGAAGUUAGUGGUCAUCGACUCCGUCGCCGCUCUCUUCCGCUGUGAGUACGGGCAGGGGGAGACGGUGAAGCGGGCCAAGCACAUGGCUUCUUUCGCAGCCCAACUCCACAAACUCGGGCAGCAACACAAUGUUCCCAUUGUCUGUGUCAAUCAGGUGUCUGCUAACCUGUCCCCAAACAGCAGCCGGAGCCAGGUCCUCCCUGCGCUGGGAUUGUCCUGGGCCAAUCACAUCACGUGCCGCUUGAUGCUGCGACGGACUCACCAGAAGGUGGCCGUGCAAGUUCAGCCAGCCAGUGGGGGCCGGCGGAGUGAUGACAUAGAGUGUGCAGUGAGGAUGUUGGAAGUCAUGUUUGCCCCCCAUCUUCCACCUGGAGCCUGUGCUUUUGUUGUUGACCAUCAGGGUGUCUCUGGGCUGGAGUAGGGACAGCGUGUCGCUUGUGUGUGCGUGAUCAUUUACCGUAGAGAGUGUAUGAAGGCCACUUGUGUCCACUUGUAUUGACAGUUCUGUUGUUCUAUGUCAGUGUAGGUGUAUGGGCCUCUGAAGUGUACUGAGAAUGCUUGUGCUAAAAUACUGGGCUGACCGUAUUCGACGUAAUAAGCGCCCAGGCGCUUUCAAAAUUAGAAGUAGGGGGCUUUUAUUAGAAUAAUUUUUUGGUGGGGAAAAAAACAGAGCUGGAGGAUCGUAAAUUUCGUGGUUUAUGCUGACAGCCUGAAAUGUUUACAUACGACAGAUAU